CUGCUGGACUUGCGCGGCCGUCCUCUGCUGUGUGCCUCGCCAAGAUGAUGGGCUGCAAGACGAACUCGCUCACUUGCCUGCAAGGAGGGAAGCCGGGGCUGCCCGUGGCCGCCACCACAGACUCCACGGCCACGCUCAACAAGCUGGCCCUGGCCACUGGGGGGACGGAGAAAUCCUGGUACCGCUGUGUCUUCCCCUUUGGCAUCGUCUCCCUGGUCAUUGGCAUCGCCGCCACCUGCAUCACCUUCACCAUCAAUGGACCGCAGAUGGACAUCGCCAAGGUGGUCUCCGUGGCCACCCUGGUCUUCGGGGUGGGCCUGCUGGUGGGCGCCUUGGCCUGCUGGCGGGCCAAGAGGGGGCGGCAGCGCAAGAAGCAGCAAGAGGAGCCCGUCCCUUUGGAACAAGGGGCCCUAUGAGGCCAUCACCGAGCCAAAGCCCCAACAGGUAGACCCGAAGGAGAGAGAACCCCACCUUUUUCUUGUAACCCAUGGCAGAACGAGGGGGAGCCGGGAAGGGGGCUUUGAGGGGGCCCUGUGAUGUCCUGCAGCCAGAGGAGAGUGGAACCGGGUGGCGCGUGGGCAACUUUGCCCUGUUUUUAUUCAGUGUGAUGAUCCAUGCUAUGGACCAUUAAGAGACUCGGCCCGCGCCAAGAAGGGUGAGUGAUGAAAGGCAGGAGCCGAGCAGCAGGCAUGGCUGGCUGGCUGUGUGUGUUGGACUGUUUCCCUGCAAAGAUGCCCUGACCUUGGGGUUGCAAGCUUCUGGGUCACACAGAACUGCUUGUUGACAUAACAGCCUCCGGAACAGCUUCCUUUAAGGCAGGAGCAGCAGCAGCAGAACUGGAGCCGAGAGGUAUGUACUCCUUCCCUCAAGGAUGCGUUCCCUCUCUCUCUCCAUCGCAGCGACACACGCCCUUGACUGAUCACAGAAAGGUAUAUAUUUAUUAAAAAGAUGAGAGUUUUGUAGCAGCAUUCGCCAGGGAGCGCAACUGGUUGUUGUGAAACAUUCCCAAGGUGCUGCUUGGGGGAAUGAUGCAAUUCUGACUUUUAAGCUGCUGGGGAGAAGGAUGUUGAGAGAGACUUGGGAUUUCAGUUUUGGGCAGCUAGAACUUCAUCCCUUUUUCUCUGUGACACGGUCCGAUGGGAUUUUGGGGGUGAACAAAUGCCCCCCUCCCAUCACUGCCACAUCGAGCAAGUAGAAAGUGAAGGAAUAGUCUUGACCGCGUCUGCAAAAGUGCGCAGCGGCUGUGAAGAGCCGAGCGAAGUUAACAAGAUCUCAUGAAGCGUGGAGCAGCUGGGACUGCGGCUGAAGGUUGCAAAGUGGUCCGGCUUUUUACCGUGGAGCUGG